AUGUGCUAUCCAGACCAUGUCUAGAAUUAAAGAUGCUUCCUUCAAAAGGUGUUUGCAUCCUGGAUACAAGUUUUUCUAUCUAGGAAGGAAGAAAUGGUUUUGAAAUAUAUUAAGGACAUAAUUUUCCUCUUUAUGACUGUGGUUGGUACUAUGGGGAACAUGACUAUUUCUGUGAAUUAUAUGUUCAGUUGGUGGGGAAACCCUGAGAAGAAACCCAUUCACCUUAUUCUGAUCCACAUGGCUUCUACAAACAUCCUUAUCCUUCUUGUAAAAGGAUUGCCAAAGACAAUAGCAGCUUUUGGGUUGAGAAAUUUCCUGGAUGACAUAGGCUGUAAGAUUAUUGUUUACCUGGAGAGGGUGGCCCGGGGUCUCUCCAUCUGCACCAGCAGUCUCCUCACUGUGGUCCAGGCCAUCAUCAUCAGUCCCAGAGCAUCUGGGUGGAGCAGACUCAGGCCAAAGUCUGCAUGGCACAUCCUUCCAUUCUUCUCAUUCUUUUGGAUACUCAAUGCUUUAAUAAGUAUGAACUUAAUCUAUUCCAUCACAAGUACAGAUCUGAAUAUAUCACAACAUAUAAAUGAAGAUAAUUAUUGCUAUUUUAUGCUGGAAAUUGAGAAAAUAAAAUGGAUUGUUCUCCCUCUCAUGGUCCUGAGAGAUGCAGUGUUUCAGGGUGCCAUGGGAGGGGCCAGUGGCUACAUGGUGUUUCUUCUCCAAAAACAUCACCAGCAGGUCCUCCACCUUCUCAACUCCAAGCUCCUCUACAGAACUCCCCCAGAGCUGAGAGCUUCCCAGAGUGUCCUCCUUCUGAUGCUCUGUUGUGUUUUCUUCUACUGGACAGAUUGUGCCUUUUCUCUAAUUAUAAGCAUCUCUUUAAAAGAAAAUACCUUGAUGGUAAAUACCCAAGAUUUUCUGACCCUUGGUUAUGCAACUUUUAGCCCCUUUGUGCUGAUUCACAGGGAUGGACUUCUGGUUAAAUUUUGGCAUACUCAAAUGGAGAAAUUGAGAAAAUGUCUCUGAUUUAUAUGUCCAAAAGUGUCAAAGCAAUCUCAGUUCUGAAAUAUUGUGGGUAAGACAAACCCCACACAGCAGU